CGCCAUCAUCCAUUCGCAUUCAUUCUCUCUUAUAUUCCAUAUUCUGUUUCGUUCCCCCAAAUUAGUUUUAAAUCGCGCGUGAAUCUCCGAGGGCCGGCGGGGCUGGGCGGUUUAAUUUGGGAAAUAUGGUGAAGUGGUCGGCGGCAACGGAGAAGAAGUAUAGGGUCACGGUGAAGCCAUUGAGGCUGGAGGGGAUCCUGACGUCACCAUCUCCGUCGUCUCAAAUGGUGGUACUGAAGGUGAAAUGGGACGGCCCCAAGUCGGCCGGAGGAGUACUGGGCCGUGGGUUCUCGAUCAUGAUGAGGUCGUCACAGCCGAGUAAUUACAGCACCCACAAGUUCUUGAGACGGCGACGCAGCAGCACCGAUUGUGAUGAAAAUGCCGGCGAGAAUGAGGUGGAGGAGGAGUCGGCAGCCACGGAGGUUGAAUGGGACGGAGAAGAGUUUGAGAGCGUUUGCAGCUUCGGCACGGCGUCGUCUUCCGGUACUUCGUUUUCUCCCUGGGAUGUAACGUUCAGCGUUCUCUGCGGAAAGGAAGCAGAAUUCAGGAACACGAAAUUAACAACAGCGGGGAGUAUUUCGUUCAACAUAGCAGAACUAUUGGGUUCUCGCACCACGAUUGAUUCUCACAUCAUUAGUCUUCCCAUUUCCUUGCACAUUCACGGCGCCACCCGCUCCCAAGCAAUUCUUGUGGUAAGCGUGAGCUUUGCUGAGGUCAGGAAUGGUGACAAGGCUCCACAUCAGCAAACCAUGCCCCUUCCUUCCGCCAAGGAUCAAGUAGCCAAACAACCGGCCCCUUCCGACUCGGCCGCCACGUCAUGUCCGACUCAGCAGAAGAAAAGGCGACUCAGCUUCGGUUUAUCCUGGAAGACACGUCAUCAACCGAAUCCCUCUCCGCCUUCCCCACCGCCGCCAGCUCACUCUGCCGACGGGAACUGGGAGGUGAAGAAAGAGCUGAUAAGCAGGGACGGAGGAGCGAAGCUUGCCAACGCGAGCGUCUUCCUCGCCUCGUUCGACCAGCGAAGCGAGAAGGCCGCCGGAGAGAGCGCCUGCGCCGCCGUCGUGGCCGUGAUCGCUAACUGGCUCCACACCAACCCUCGAUCCAUCCCUACGAGGCCCCAGCUCGACGGUCUGAUCGCCGAAGGCUCGUCGGAGUGGCGGAAGCUCUGCCACGACGAAUCCCACCGGAGCUCCUUUCCGGACAACCACUUCGACCUCGACACCGUCCUCGCGAACCUCCGGCGGCCGCUGACCCUCUCCCCGGACGAUUCCUUCACCGGAAUCUUCAGCCCGGAGAAAUUCCACAACUUAAGUGGAGCGACGUCGUUUGACGAGGUCUGGUCACACGUCAGCAAAGGUGGAAAAGUCAGCGGUCAACGGGAGGAUGAGGUGGCGGUGGUGUACAUUGUGAGUUGGAACGAUCAUUUCUUCUUGCUGAAGGUGGAGUCCGAUGCUUACUACAUAAUUGACUCGCUAGGGGAACGGCUUUACGAAGGAUGCGAUCGAGCUUACGUGUUGAAGUUUGAUGAGUCGGCCGUUUUGUACGAGAAGGCGGCGGCGGCGGCGGCGGCGACGGAGGAGGUGGAGGAGGAAGAAAGGUGGAAGGUGGUUUGUGAAGGGAAAGAGUGUUGUGGAGAGUAUAUGAAGAGGUUCUUGGCCGCCGUGACGGUUGGGGAGCUGGAGGAAGAAGAGCAGAAAGGGGAGGAUCAAGUUUCGACGCUUUCUCUUCUUCGGAGGUUGCAAAUUGAUUUUCACUUUUGCUGUUUGUCGGUCUCUGGUGAUUCGAAUUUGUCGUCUGUGGUGGAAUCUCCGACUAAUUCCUCGAUUUUUUCAGGUGACGAAGUUCAAUUUAGCGAGUGAUUUUUCGUUGAUGUAUAUUUUUUUUUUCUCUUUCAAAUGAUUGUUGACGCAAUUUUAACUUCCGAUACAAGUGUCAAGUGGUGUACAUAUUUUACCCUACUACUAAUUUCAUUUGUAAAUAACACGAAAUGUAAAUUCAAGGUUUCCAAAAUUUUGAGAUCAUGCACAAUGUAAGAUAACUGUCCUCCUCUUUGUUAUUAACGAAUUUUAUUUUUCAUAUGAUCAUAUCUAAAGUUUUGUCCCUCUACUUAUUUUGUUUUAAGUACUUCUUCAAUUAUUUCUUGCCACCAGAAGUUGAAGGUAAAGAUAAUCAAGAGAAGAAUGACAAUGGCGGAGGUUCGGGGCGGGUAUUUUGAUAUCCAUACCCGUUUCGUGGCAGGUCGGAUCUAGAUCGAUUAAUUUAUAAUAGGGCGCGGGUUGGGGCAGGACGAUCCAAUUGGUAUGUAAUUUAUAUGUAAAGAAAUAUAACUUUUCAUUAUUUUCAUUAUAAAACCAAGAAACAAACCGUAAGAUGAUAAAUGUAGUUAAAUCAGUAGAUACAUUGAGGUUUUCACUAAAUUAUAAUUUUACUAUGGCUAAAAUAUGAUGUAAUAAAAGGAAAAUUCUAAG